GCAACGACACUUGCAGAAGCUAUAGUGUUGUCCUCUUGCAAGCACAACACGGGACAUUUAAUUGUAGGAGCUGAGGCCCUCUUAUUGAAAAAGAGACCGCCAAAGGCUUAAACAUAUUCUCUCAAUAGACACGACAAUAUAAAUAUUUCAUUGCUUGCUUCGUAAAUAUAAGCUUUAGGGACAUUUGCCUGCAGGGCUGCAGCGGCUUCCAGCCUAAUCCUUAGGAUAGGUACUAUUUCUCGCAGUCAGGUGCUAAGAUUUGUCACUGAAAAGCAGGAGGCGUUGAAUGGCUGCCGGCGCGACCUGGGCUCGGUACCAGGAACGCGUUCGGCAAUGGGUCUCCGUCGCCGCAUCACAUACGGGUGUCUUUCUACAUACCCUGUCAUGCUUCUAUGUGGUGAGCCGCUACGGUGUGUUUGUGUCUAAGGUGACCGGCCCCUCCAUGUUCCCCACCUUUGCCGGCCGGGGGGACUUCGUGAUCGCGGAGGCCGUCACGCCCAUGUGGGGGCAGCUGCAUAAAGGUGACGUGGUGAUCUGCACCCGGCCGGUGGACCCCGCGGAGUCCAUCAUUAAGCGGGUGGUGGCGCUGGAGGGAGAGGAGGUGGUGCUGUACCCGGAUCGGGAGAGCAGCGAGGUGCGCCGAAUCAAGGUACCGCCUGGGCACGUUUGGAUCCAGGGAGACAAUUUGACUCACUCUUUGGACUCACGGCAGUACGGCGCGGUGCCGCUGGCACUGGUACGAGGCCGUGUUGUAUUGCAGGUCUGGCCUCGAGUAACCUGGGUGGAGAAUUCGCUGGAGUCCGUAAAGCGCACCUGAUACCCUGCGGGAUGGACAUUUGGGCAGUUAAUGAUUGUAGGACGGAAGGCAGGUGGAUCGAUUUAUAUUGCAGUGCACGCCUAGGCAGGAAUGAUAACUGUGAUCUUCAUGGAAUUGGG